GCCCCGAGGCUCCCCGGCCGCUGGCCCUUGCUGCUGGAGAUGAGGGUCCCUCCGCUGUCCACGUCCAGCCAGAGCCGAUGACUCCCGUGGCGCCAUGGCCUUCUGCGGCUGCAGCGUGCUCCUCGCGAUAGCCAGGCCGAGUUUCAGAGGCUCCCACCUUCUUGCGCACUCCAAGUCUCCAUACUCUCCAGCAGUUGCUUUUGUCCAACUAGUGGAUUCUCAUUUCAACCGGACUUGCGUGAGAGACUCGGGAAACCAGCCAUCGCUGCCCUGCGCGCGGUUGGGCGCUGGCCUACCUCACUCACCAGCUAAAGUUGGGCAAACGUUUCACACGUCCGCCUGCUUGCGUCAGGAGCUCCGAGAUGAACCUCCGCCCCACCGAAGUACCGUAAACCAGGGCACUAAGCCUGCUAAAACUCCAACAAAACAAGUCAUAGAGACUCCCGUGGGAAAAAAGUCUUUACGCCAAAAAAUCGUGGAUGAACUGAAACACUAUUACAAUGGAUUCCACUUGCUUUGGAUUGACACUAAGGUGGCUGCCAGGAUGGUGUGGAGGCUGCUGCAUGGUCAGGUCCUCACUAGGAGGGAGAGACGAAGGUUGCUGAGAACUUGCGCAGAUCUCUUCCGGCUGGUUCCCUUCCUGGUGUUUGUCAUUGUCCCCUUCAUGGAAUUUCUGUUACCUGUAUUCUUGAAACUCUUUCCUGAAAUGCUGCCCUCGACGUUUGAGACUGAGUCAAAAAAGGAAGAAAAGCAGAAAAAGAAACUAAAUGCAAAGCUGGAGUUAGCAAAGUUCCUGCAGGAGACCAUUGCAGAGAUGGCCAAAAGGAACAAAGCAGAUACAGGGCAAGGAAAACAAUUCUCUUCUUACGUACACCAGAUUCGUCACACCGGCCACCAGCCCAGUACCCAAGAGAUCGUACGCUUCUCCAAGCUGUUUGAGGAUGAGCUGACCCUGGAACACUUGGAACGGCCGCAGUUGGUAGCUCUUUGCAAACUGCUUGAGCUGCAGCCCAUUGGCACCAACAAUCUGCUCCGCUUUCAACUUCUGCUGAGACUCAGAACUAUCAAGGCAGAUGAUGAAAUGAUUGCCAAGGAAGGAGUCAACGGCCUGAGCGUGUCUGAACUGCAGAGCGCAUGCAGAGCCAGAGGAAUGCGAUCACUGGGUCUCUCAGAGGAGCAACUAAAGGAACAGCUCAGACAGUGGCUGGAUCUGCAUUUAAAAGAGAAUGUUCCACCUUCUCUGCUCCUGCUUUCCCGUGCCUUGUACUUAAUAGAUGUAAAGCCACAAUCUGUUCCAGUUCCACAAAAUAAGAGAGAUGAAACUGCUGAAAUCAUGACAUCCAUUCCUGAAGGUCAAGAGACCCUAGUGGAUCCUGCCCCCAUUGUACAGGGAAGAAAGAAUGAAGAAUUUGUAUCUCAGCCAACAGAGAAAUUGCCAGUCUCAGAAGUGUCAGUGAAGCCUCCCCCACGAGAGACUAAAAUGGAAGCAUCUCAGAGCAGCAAGGCCGGCGCCAACGGAGUCUAGCCUGAAGCCAGCAAGGACUGUCUUAACGGGGGGAGAAGAGCUUUCAUCUCUGCACCCCCUUAAAAGGGAAGAGUGAUUUUCCAGGAGGCUGCUUUGCACAAAAAGGUGUCAGUAGCCCUCAGGGGCCUCUCCGUCUGUUCCAAGCGUAUUAGCAGCUAGGCCGUGCUGAGGCUGGAUGGCACCGGCUUCUCGUUUGUACUGGAUCCCCUACCCCCGCCAUUUUAACUUAUGUUGUAAAUAUGUUAAUAAUGAUGCUACUGUCUGUGCUGUUACUGACCAGGUGUUUGUGCUCUUAAACCUUAGGAAAGGCAGCUUUUCAUUGUCAUAAAGGCCUCGGCGCAGAAUGAGCUAGGCUGGAAGUCCAGUAAAGCCUGUUCUGCAGUUUGAAAUCCUCUGCAGGAACAUCCCCACAUAUCCAGGGCUUGUAGCUUGCCCUGCUGCCGCAGCUCUACAAGCUCAAGCUCUUGAUCCCAGUUAGCGUAGUUUAACCAAUAACUCGUGCACAGAAUGACCCGUGUAGCCAUUGUAGUUAACGGUCCCAUUUGUACCAAGGAGAAUAACCACAGCAAAGGGAGGACCAGCACUCUCCUCAAUGGCGUGGGUGAACGUAACCGUUCAGAAAGACUUAGGAACUUGCUGGACAAGAGCAGAGCCGCGAAGAGGACAGCUUCCACUGCGUGAGCGUUUGCAUUCGUCAGUAAGAGCCGCAGCAGGUGCCAGGUACUGUUACAGAAGGCAGAGCCCUGCAUUUUUAGGAUCCCGCUGGGUCAUGUGAGGUAGCAACCUGGGGACCCACACACAUUUCCCAAGUCCGGUGUAAGACUUGGUUAAACCUUAUCAGGCUCAGAACUACACAUCAGCAAGUGCUCUCAGACUUACUAUACUUUACAAAGUGAUUCUUCACACACUCCAGUGUUGACUGGUUUUUUGGUAGACUCUGUAGGAGGAUACUGAAAAGCUGUUUUUAGCAUUUGUUAAUUUUUUUACUUUGUCCUACAUAAAUGCUCAGAAAUUACUCACAUUAUGGAUUUUAAAUAUGUAUAUUUAUACUUACUGUAAAAUUAAAGUUAGACUUGGUGCUAAGUAGAAUGGAAUGUCUUUUCUGGAGGUCAGACAGCCUUUAGAACAAUCCGACUCAAAAAAAGCCAGUCAUCUCAAGGUCAGGUGUUAUCAGACUUGGAACAUGUGACUUCAGGCUCUUACUAGCAGCGCAGAAACAGCUUGCAGAAGGCAGCUACCGUUGUACUGUGUUCUUAGUUCUGUACCUGCACCCCUGCCUUGUUAGUGCAGCCAGUAUGCAAUGCUGAAUAUUUGUAUUUAAUUGGUGGUUAGUAAAUGAGAACGAAUGUUAUUUCAAUAAAAUAACCCCCUUGCUCAAGUGUC